AUGGUUUGUGUACUUCUUUAACAGAUAGAUGACAUUUUCCCUAUUUUCCGCAUAAACAAUAAUUACCUGAUUACAUUGUUAUUUCGAGGAAAAUUUGGAUUCAUCUUGAAAACCAUGCAGUUUCCUCCAGUUCCACCUGAAGUUAAAUCAAUAGCUCAUUUUCUGAAAGUUGCUGAAGAACAUGAAGAAAGGAAUAUCGUUGUGGCUUAUUGGGCACGAAUCUUUGCAUGCCAGAGAGCAAUGCAACUGGUUCCAGGUAAAAAACCUGAAUCUGUAUCAAAGUUAUUGAUUGCUCUCAUGGAUUGGAUGGAGACCACCAAGAAGGCAAAUAUGGGUAAUGAUGGUAUUACUAGCGAAACUACUGCACACGCCCUGAUAGAGGAAUAUGCUUUACAACUCUUCACGUAUGGAGAUACACAAGAUAGAGCAUUGAAUUUUAAUAAGAACACAAUCAAGGCUUUCUAUACAGCUGGUAUACUCAUGGAUAUUCUUGAACAGUUUGGUCCUCUUUCAGAAGAUAUUCAGAGUAAAAAGAAAUAUGCUAAGUGGAAGGCAGCUUAUAUUCACAACUGUCUCAAGGUUGGGGACAUACCGAUACCUGGUGGCCCUGAUGAGCAUUUGGAUAAUGUUGUUCAUAGGGCUGAUUUAGAUAAUGAGGACAACAUAAAUAUGGGCCAAGAUGGUUCAUCAGGUACAGAUACCCCCCCAAAAGAUGUGGGUGUUCCUUUCUUACCACCUGAGCCAUCUAUUACUACACCUCAACCUUCAGUGGCGCCUUCAAUUCCACAAUUACCAAUUGUACCCACUGUUAAUCCCUAUGCAGCUGCACCCACUACUUCAUCAGGUGAACAUGCAAUGUUACCACCAGAUAAGAUAAAGAAGGCACAGAAAUUCUGCAAGUUUGCUGAGUCAGCCCUCGAUUAUGAGGAUUACAAAAGUGCUAUUGAAAAUUUGAAUAAAGCAUUGCACUUGAUUAAAACUGGAGAGGAGCUUUAAAUAUUUUAUUUUUAUUUUUCAAAUCGCUAGUAAUUAUCUGAAAUGAUUGUUAAAAGUAUAAUAUAUCCUUUAAUUUUAUAUAUAUAGUUUAGGUGUAAAAAUUCGCUAAUAAAAUCUGCUUACAGUUA